AUGGAGACGGCGCUGGGACAGCGAGAGCUGUUGCUGCUGCUGACGCUGGCCGCCGCGCUGCUGGGCCCGGCCGCGCCGCUGCAGCUGGGCCAGGAAACAAUUAGAGUCAAUGUUCUGCUGUUGAAAACCAAUGGAGAGUUGCACAAAGGACAGGUUGUUUUUAACAUCAGCUAUGUUAAUGGACAGGUGUAUCUAAAUGAUUUUCCUAUGAAAAGCGGGGUUGCCCACAUAACAUGUCAAACAGUCAUAUUGGAGAAUGGAGACUGGGAUAGCUUACCAGAUCAGCGUCUGGGAACCGUCAGUGUUCGCAUCAUGGUUCAUGAGUGGCCUUUGGCAUCCAGUUCUGAUUUACAGUUGAUUGUCAUUCAGGAAGAAGUGACAGAAAUCGAUGGAAAACAGGUUCAGCAGGAAGAAGUAACAGAAAUAGAUAUUUUAGUAAAGGACAUGAGAGUACUUAGACAUUUAAACUACACUGUUCCUUUGAAAGAGAGCAUGCUGUAUUCCAUCCCAAGAGACAAUGACAUCUUAUUCACACUUCCCAGCCCCUCAGGAAAAGAUAAUCAAGAUCCACUGCAAACUACUAGUCAGUACCUCAUCCAGCAAGCAGAAACUACAGUAGAUGAAGAGACAUUACCUGGGAAGUUACCAGAGACCCCUCUUAGGAUAGAACCUCCAUCUUCUUACAAGGUGAUGUGCCAGUGGGUGGAAGACUUGAGAAAAGGGUUGUGCAAAUUCUGGUUUCGAUCUUUACCUAUUUUCUUUAGUUUGAUGGAAGUCACUGUAGUUGGAGUUGUUGGAGCAGCUUUUAUUCUACAAGCCUUAAAGGUGAUUUUCCCUUCCUGUGAAAACAAAGGCAUCCUUCUCCUGGAUCAAGUCAGCUUUGUACCUGUAGUUACCAUCAGCUUGCCUUCAGACCUUCCAGACAGGAAAAAUAAUUUAAAUGAGAAAGUAUGUACUUAA